UGUGGGUGGAUGAAAGAGCAAAGCGGAUCUAGCCAAGGCUGAAUUAUGGGCAUCCAUGGGUGGCGAUGCCUGGAGAAGAACCAGUACGGUACCAGGAGCCAAGAUCUCCCGUAGCAGCGGUGUAGUGGUCCAGAACCUGGGGUGCUGAUUCCUGUUUGCCCAUCAGGUGCGGAAUGGACAAGAGGGAUAAAGCCAAGGGAGGGCCCGCCACGAGGACACCAGCUUCUCGUCCCCCUGGCCUUCCCACCCCUAGGCCCCCAGGGUCUCCUCGGCCCCCUCCCCCAGUAACCGCCGCAGCCCUUCGGGUUCUGGGAGCAGCGGGGGUCAUGGGGCGAAAGCCCCUGGCAGAACGAUCAGGAGGCGUCAGUGGAGCCGCUCUUCCGGAGGCUGCUGCUGUCCUCGCGGGACCAACUCGAGGCGCUGUGGCAGGUCCUCGAAGUCCAGCUUCCAGGCCCUCAGCUGCUGGGAGAGGGGAGAGGACCCCUGCUAAGACCCCCAGCCAGGGUUCUGUCUGUACCCCAGGACGAGUUAGUGGGACCACCAGGCCAGGCCCUGUUGGUCAGAAGGGAUCCCGUCUCUCAGCUGAGGAACCUGUGGCCAGAGGAAAAGCUCCAGAGAUACCCAAAAGGGCUGCUUUGAGCUCUGGGACACGAAGAGACUCUCCAGGGCCCACUGCAGGGGCCCCCUCACCAGCCAUUGGCCGUCGCUCCCGGACUACGGCUGCAGAAGCAGGACUCCUCCGACCAGCUCCGAGUGCCCGGCCACGGCCCUUGACUGAGACACCCAGGAAAUCAGUGACUACUGGAGACCAAAAUGCCACAGAACCAAGUCCAGCUGCCAGGAGGCGGCCCAGCACUGGUGGUGGCCUCCAGAAGCCAGCCUCACGUCCCCCGGGCUCCAGUGCUACCCCUGUGUCAUCCCCCGCCCGCUCUGGAGCCUCAUCCCGUGGAGCAUCGCAGGCUACUGCACUUACCUCACAGCCCAAGUCCAAAGGACAGUCGGCUCUGCGUCCCCCGCAGAACACAAUCCCAAGGAAGAACGCAGUUUCAGUGCUAGGCCAGCUUUCAGAUUCUCCUUUGGCCAAGCCCUCUCCAUUUAGAGGGGCCACCCAGGGGACACCAUCUCCCCACCGUUCAAGGGCUCCUCUCCAGGCUACCCUCCCUCCCUCUCCACCAACCACGCCUCCUCCACCUGCCACCCUCCAUCUUCAAGACCCGCCUUCCCCUCAGGCCUCCCUCCACUCCCGGGACCUAACGUGUCCAUUGGCCACUACAUUUCCAGUGCCCCCUUCCACUCCACUCUGCCUGGAGACCCUCCCCUCUCCACCUGCCACGCCCCCUUUGCAAGCCCCGCCCUUUCCGGAGGUAGAGAGAGUCUCUCCCCUGUCUACAGCAGCAUUUUCUCCAUCAGUUUCAUCCACUGCACAGAAUUUGCCCCCCACCCAGGCUUCUCCAGCUUUGCCAUCCCUUCUGACUUCCUUAUUCACACCUUCAUCUGCUCCUUUACCUCUAGACGCAGUCUCUGUCUCUCUGCCAAUCUCUCUGAAUAAUCUGUCUUCUCCCCUUGCCACGCCCACCCCGCCAGCUCUUUUCUCUGUGACCACGCCCCCACAGCAGGCCACGCCCUCUAAUCUGACAACAUCUCCUUCCCAAGACCCUCUUUUUCUGGCCAUUUCCCCUCUACAGGGUCCACUAGUUUCUUCCCCUCUUCCAGCUUCGCCCCCUCCGCAGGCUCCUCCCUCUUCUCUGGUCACGCCUACUCUGCAGGCCCCACCUUCUCUGGAUACCUGUCUUCCUACCCUGCCACAUUUACUGGCCUCAUCGCCUCAGCAGGUCUCGCCUCUUUUGGUCUCUCCCCCACUGCAGGCCCCACCUCCUUUGGGCUUAUCCCCCUUGCAGGCCACGCCUUCUCUCCUGCCUACACCUACGCAAGCCCAACCUUCCCUGACUUCGUCUCCUUUACAGAUCCCUUCUCUCUCGGCCACAUACCCUAUGUCCCUUCCUUCUUCACCUGCCUCACCUCCUCUGCAGGCUCUUUUUUCCCUUCCUGCUUCACCCUCUCUGCAGGUACCUCUUUCUCACUUAGCUUCACCUAUUCGGACUCCAUUACCUACAUCCCCUCCGAAGGCCCCACUUUCUUUGGCCUCACCACCUCACUCUCCCCUGACCACGCCCCCUCCGGAGCCCCUGCCUUCUCUGGCCUCACCCCCUCACACUCUCCUGACCACGCCCCCUCCAGCGGCCCCACCUUCUUUGAUCUCUCACUGUCCCUUGGGGACACCCCCUCAAGAGGCCCCACUUUCCUUGGCCUCACUCAUUCAUUCUCCCCUUGCCACACCCCUCCGGAGGUCCCACUCUUUGCCCUCACCCCCUCACUCUCCUCUGGCCACGCCCCCUCCAGAAGCCCCACCGUCGCUGGCCUUGCCCCCUCUGCAGGCUUCCCCUUCUCAGAAGACAACAGAGCCCCCUGAGCAGGUCCCCCCUCUGGCUUUGCCUCCUCUACAGGUCUCUCCGACGACCACGCCCCCUCUGCUGGUCCUGCCUCGCUUGGGCUCACCCCUUGUGGAGCCCCCUCUCUCUCCCCCUGCUUCGUCUCCACUACAGGCUCCAUGCCGACCCCCAACCCCAGGUCCAGAUGCCUCCAUCUCAGGUCCACGGCUGACGCUGGCGCUGGCCCCGGCCCCGCCACCACCACCUUCUCGCAGUCCAUCCAGUACGCUGAGCGGCCCGGACUUGGCCGGCCACAGCAGCAGCGCCACGAGCACGCCGGAGGAGCUGCGUGGGUACGACAGCGGGCCCGAGGUCGGCGCUGCAGCGUCCCCGCCCGCCGACGCUGAGCUCGCGGCCUGCCACCCGGCCUCCUGGAGCCGACGUCCGGUUCCACCGCUGGCUGUCUGCAGUGCUCCAGAUGUUCCUCCCCCUUGGCCUCCUACUGCUGGCCCGGGCUCCGCAGAUGGCUUGUGCACCAUUUACGAGGCUGAAGGACCCGAGUCGGCCACCCCUACCCCAGGCUCGUUGAAUCCGGGACCAGGGUCCUGCGUGGGCGGUGUGAAAGGGGCGAGUGGGGCGGGGCCCGGGGCGUCCUCGCGGAGCCCGAAGUCCUCGCGCCUGGGCGAGCUACCGCUGGGCGCGCUGCAGGCCAGCGUCGUGCAGCACCUGCUGAGCCGGACGCUGCUGCUGGCUGCGGCCGAAGGUGCGGCGGGAGGCAGCGGUGAUGGCCCGGUGGGUGGUGGCGUCUCCGGGGCCACCCGGGCACCGCUCAGCGAUGCCGAACUGGGCCGCUGGGCGGAAUUGCUGUCUCCCUUGGAUGAGUCGCGUGCCAGCAUCACGUCGGUCACCAGCUUCUCCCCAGACGAUGUGGCCUCCCCACAGGGUGACUGGACUGUGGUGGAGGUGGAGACAUUCCAUUGAGCCUACCGCCUGCCCGCCGUGCCCACCCUCCACUUUAGGAUCUGCCCCUCGGAUACGCUUUUGUCUUAGAUCCUCUUCCCCACUCUUAGGCUCCCUCCUCCCCCUUUCCUUGAGUUUAUUUUUGAUUCCUUAGAGCUCUACCUAGUCUUUGGGCCCAGGUUCCACCCCUGCCUUUAGCUGAUCCUCGAGGACCCUUCCCUCCAGCCCUGCCCUUUGGUCAGUACACACUCUUGCUCUCGCUGGAAUCCCUGCUCCUACCAGAAUCCCAAGUUCAGUGCAUUGUACACCCAUCGCUGCCCCAGUUUGCAAUAAAACCCGGACACUGGA